AUGGCGCCUAUUCUACUAGAGAGACCGAGUCCUCAAAUUUCGCAGGCAUCCAUUAAAUCCCCGAAAUCUGCUCAGUCAAUCUGCUCGUGUAAGGAUGUCGUUGAGCUCGACCUGGGCCGUUGCUGGUCUCGCCCUCAAGAGACGCAGGCGCCGACAUCGAUCUUGGACACUCAUCUGUUGACGGCUGCGUGGAUUCUUACUCUUCGUCGCUUCCGACCGGAGGAUGUCACAACCUUGAGUUAUGAAGAUGACUCAACUCCGAGAUUCGAGUUCCCGACUACUUUCACAGUGCGAGUGGACCCAGAUUGGGAUGUAAGGACACUGCUCGAGACGCUGGAGGUUCAGAAAACUGGCAAAGUAUCAAGACUUUUUGAGUCAAAUGGAGCUCGAAAUGCUAAACCUGGUCACUCUGCAACGGCUUGUACUUCUUCACUCAUAUACACAACAACACCGGGUCUAUGUUUGGCUCGAUCAAGCACCGGCAGCGAAGAUCUCAAGCUUGCCGUCAUUAAGCACGAUGAUCGAAUAGUCGCCCGGAUCAAGAACUCGCAAGGGGGUGGAAGCUCUUUGAAUACAAGCAUGCUGUGGACCUUCCAGCACGUUCUCCGUCAGCUUACAGCCCAUUCGGUCACCCUCAAGCUCGAUGAGAUCGACUACUGCUCCGACUUCCAUCGGCAGGUACUCAAAGGCCUGACACAUACAAAAUCAGCCGGUAGCUUUCAUUGUCUGCACGAUUUGAUCGUGGAGAAUUGCCGGCGACAUCCAACAAAACUUGCGGUUCGUUCAUUCGAUGGCGACCUGACAUACCAGCAAUUAGACGACUUGUCGCUCCGACUAGCACACCAUCUUACACGCUUGGGCGUACGGCCCGAAUCAUUUGUUCUCAGCAGUUUCCAGAAGUCCACAUGGGCGAUUGUCGCUCGAUUAGCUAUUUUGCGGGCUGGGGGAGCCUACAUCUCCAUCCAUUCCAGCAAUCCCCCAGCGUAUCUAGACUCUGUUAUACAGCGCACCAGUGCAAAGAUUAUGCUGAGCGAUCCUGCAUAUGCGGAUCACUUCCGCGACAAAAUAGACACGGUCGUCACAAUCACACCUGAAUGGCUAGAGACGCUUCCACUGGGGCCUGAAUCUGGCUCGCUGCCAGUGGUUGAUCCAUCCAACGCCUGCACGGUGCUCUUCACCUCUGGAAGCACCGGUAAGCCCAAGGCCAUUGUUCAAGAACACAAGUCUUACGCCUCCGCUAUCCACGACUAUGCAAGGAACCUCGGCCUGAAUCAGGACAUCAGAUUUCUGCAUUUUGACGACUAUGCAUUCGACAUUAGCAACCUCGAGUUCUUGGUUCCUCUCAUUCUAGGAGGUUGCUGCUGUGUGCCGGGGCCGAUGAAAUCGGUUCAGGAUCUGGCGGACAAUAUUCAAAGUCUUAAUGCCAAUAUUGCCUUCCUGACACCUACUGUGGCUAUAAAGGCACAUCCACAGGCAAUGAAUAGUCUCAAGAUUCUAUGCGUCGGUGGAGAGCCUCUCCCGAAGGACCUUCUGAACAACUGGGCUGAAAGCUCGACAAAGCUCGUCAACCAAUAUGGAAUGGGCGAAGCAGCGGUCUGCUGUGCAUACAACGACAAUGUACAUGCCACGAGUAGUGCACCGGCCACUAUUGGCCAGCCCUCCAGUGGUGCUAUCUGGCUGAUCGACCCAACCUGCCCGGAGAAGCUGGUUCCAGUUGGCGCCAUUGGUGAGGUUGUGAUCGAAGGGCCUCAUCUUGCAAGGGGAUACCUUGAUCAGAAUCAUCAGGCGUCAGACCGCACGAAACCGGCUGGCUUCUUGGAGUCAAUCCCACGCUGGCUAGCCGAGCUCCAUCCGGACAGACAAUCGGCUCGCUUGUACCGAUCGGGAGACCUGGCACGAUACACGCAAGAUGGGCUGAUCGAAUAUAUCGGGCGAAAAGACACCAUUGUAAAGCUCGACGGGUGCCGAAUCGACGUGGUUGAGGUCGAGCACCUUGCAAGGAAAUGCCUGACGCCCAAAGACGCCAUUGUGGUCGACCUACUCGGUGUCAUCGAUGGUAAACAGGGACCCUGUCUGGCCGCAUUCCUAUACCUCAGCGACCACCCAGAUAGCUCCGAGACGGAGGAUCUGUCUCUAAAAGACGCAACUCAAGACGCGAGGGCUCUUCAAAAAGUGGAUCAAAUCAGGGAAUCUCUCGCCGUAUUUCUCCCCACCUAUAUGAUCCCUUCGUUGUUCUUGCUAGGUACGCGAGUGCCUCGCACGCCCUCGAAAAAGACUGAUCGCAGGAUGAUCCGACUGGUUUCACACCAGUUCUAUUCUCAAAUGUGUGAAGAACGCAGCGGUUCCUCGUCUGAAGACUCGGAUCUUCUUCCUCCAUGA